AUGUCUAAAACCGCCCUUGUUUUUGGAGCUUCUGGCGUGACAGGCUGGAGCUUCGUAAAUGAAAUCUUGAACGAUUAUCCCGAGCCAAAUAUCUGGAAACGCGUGCACGCGCUCACAAAUCGUCCCCUUUCGCUUCAACAAUCGCAGUGGCCAAACGACCCGCGGCUGAACAUAGUCUCGGGGAUAGACUUAUUGAACGGCUCACAAGAGGAAUUGGAAGCAGGAAUCAAGUCCAAAGUGGAUAAGGUCGAAGAAAUCACACAUGCGUAUUAUCUUGCCUAUAAGGGAGACACAGACGUCAAAAAAGAAUUCGAGGAAGCGGUAGCAAUGUGGCAGCGAAGCGUUCUCGCGAUAGAUCAUCUGAGCCCUGCCCUCGAAUUUAUGGUUUUGCAGACAGGUGGAAAGACGUAUGGCUGCCAUCUGCUCGAAAACCACCCAACCGAUUACAUCCAUGUCCCUUACGCCGAAUCUCAACCCCGACUUAAAGACCCAUAUCACGACACCGUUUUCUACUACCCGCAAAUCGAUUGGGUCUCUGAAUACGUAAAGGACAAGAAAUGGAGCUGGUGCGAAACGCGACCCGACCUCAUCGUCGGUUUCGUGCCGAAUCAGAACUUCUGCUCGCUCGCUACCGCCAUGGGCAUAUACCUCAGCUUGUGGAGCCGAGUACACGGAGAAGGUGCAGAAUGCCCAUUCCCGGGCUCAGAAAAGAGCUGGAAAGCAUUAAACAAUGACUGCAGCUCUGAGAUGAUCGCGCGACAAACGAUUCGCCUUUCGCUCUCGCCAUCCACUGAGAAGGGCGGAGCCUACAAUGUCGCUGAUGCGCGGGCCCCGAACUCCUGGGAGAAGAAGUGGCCCAUCCUUUGCGGAUACUUUGGCCUCAAGGGCACGGGAGUGACCUCUAAUCCUCCCGAGAUGCGUAAGUUCAUCAAGGAUAACAUUGACGUGUGGCAUAAGUUGGAGAAAGAGAAGGGCCUGCAGACGGGACAUGCAGAUAGCCCGAAAACAUUCGCUGGGUUCGAGUACUACAUUAUGACGCUGUUUGAUUUCGAUAGGCAGCUUGAUAUGAGCAAGAUGUAUGGAACCGGAUUUAAGGAGCAAAGGGAUACAUUGCAGGCGUGGGGCGGGGUGUUUGAUAGAAUGAGGAAGGCGAAGAUUAUUCCGUGA